AUGAUCAUGCGCCUCGGCCUCACCCUGUCUGUGCUGCGCACCGCGCGAGCGCUGCAACAGCUGACGCGACACGGCAGCCGGCCGGCGCUGCGCCGCGGCGCCGUGGUGGCGGCCGAGCCGCCUGCGCGGCCGCGGGCGCGCGCGCCCCGCGCCACGGGCAAGCUGCGGCAGCUGCCCCACGCGCCCAAGGCCGACGAGCUGCUGCGGCGCGCGGCGAGCCGCGCGGCCAAGGUGCCGCGCGACGCCGCCGAGCCGAACGCGCGGCGCCGCGCCGCGAAGCAGGCCGCCGCGCGCGCGGACGCGAUGGGCCAGGCGGUUUCGGUGCCGCUUCGCCAGGUCCUCGACGCGCACGCGCCCGAGGCGCUGCGGCGGUCGCUGCACCCGUUCGAGCACGCGACGGCGACGCUGACGGCGGCGCAGCGGACGCGCACCGGCGCGCGCGCGCCGGCCGACGUGCUCGCGGACAUCGCCGCCGUCCGCCUCGCCGUCCUCGCGGCGGCCUGUGUGGUAAUCAAAUUUCACGGCGCCCCGCCAUCGACGCGCCGUUGUCCCUGUGAUUGCGUCUGCUCGAUGGCGUGGAAGAACCUAACUCACGUGCUGAGUUUCACGCAGGCGGCGGCGCGGGACGGCGCCGCCGCGGCCAAGGCCGCGCCGACGGCCCGCGACGCCGCGACCGCGCCCGACGCGGUCCUGGCCGCGAUCGAGCGCGAGCUCGCCGGCCGGGGCCGGCGCGCGCUCGAGGAGCUCCGCGGCCACCAGCGCGCCCUCCGACGCAUCCCCACCGUGUCGCUGCGCGCCCCGACGCUCGUCCUCGUGGGCGCGCCGAACGUCGGCAAGUCGACGCUCGUCCGCGCGCUGUCGACCGGCGAGCCCGAGGUCGGCAACUACGCGUUCACGACGCGCGGCGUGUCGCUCGGGCACGUCUACGACGGCGGCGCGCUCGCGGGACAGGUCAUGGACACGCCGGGCCUCCUGGACCGCGACGCCGCGGCCCGGAACGCCAUGGAGGACCUGACGAUGGCGACGAUGGACCACCUUCCCAGCGCGGUCGUCUUCGUGUGCGACCUCUCGGGCCACGCCGGCGAGCGGACGUCGUCGCCCGACGCCCAGCUCGCGGUCCGCGACGCGCUCCGCGCGCGCUUCCCGCGGCGGCCCUGGAUCGACGUCGUGUCCAAGGCCGACCUCUACGACGCCGCCGACGCGCCGCCGCCCCCGCCCGACGGGGCGCUCCUCGUCUCGGUGCGCCAGGGGCGCGGCCUGCCGGAGCUCCGCGCGGCCGUCCUCGACGCGCUCGCCGUGGUCCGGCGUCUGACGGGGGGCGGCGGCGAGUGA